CCGGGCGGGGCGGGGCUCAUUCUGCAAAGUUGACCCAGGGCAGGCUACCGCUGGCGCCCUGCUGCCCCAGAUUCGCUCGGUUCUUACCGCGAAGCCAGGAGUGGACGUCGCCGCCCAGCUGACACCCGAGGGACCAGAAGAAGCUAGCGGGCGUCGGCGGGAGUCCGCGCCCAGAGAUGGAGGCUGCAAGAGGGGACGUGCAAGUCGGCUCCGAGUAGCCCGCGGGCUCCGGGGCUGGACCUUGCCCGGAUGCUGUUGAGGGCGCGCGAGCAGGUCUCUCCCCAGAGCUGCCAUGGAGGUGCCCAAUGUCAAGGAUUUUCAGUGGAAGCGCCUUGCUCCACUGCCUAGCCGCCGGGUCUACUGCUCACUGCUGGAGACCGGAGGGCAGGUCUAUGCCAUCGGGGGAUGUGAUGACAAUGGCGUUCCCAUGGACUGCUUCGAGGUCUACUCCCCCGAGGCCGACCAAUGGACCUCUCUGCCCUCCCUGCCCACAGCCAGGGCCGGGGUAGCUGUUACUGCCCUCGGAAAGCGAAUUAUGGUGAUCGGGGGUGUGGGCACCAAUCAACUGCCUCUGAAGGUCGUGGAAAUGUACAAUAUCGAUGAGGGCAAGUGGAAGAAGAGAAGCGUGCUGCGUGAGGCUGCCAUGGGCAUUUCUGUUACAGCCAAAGAUUAUCGAGUAUAUGCUGCAGGCGGGAUGGGCCUGGACCUUCGUCCACACAACUACUUGCAGCACUAUGACAUGCUAAAGGACAUGUGGGUGUCACUGGCACCCAUGCCCACUCCGAGGUACGCGGCCACCUCCUUCCUCCGGGGCUCCAAGAUCUACGUGCUGGGGGGACGGCAGUCUAAGUAUGCAGUCAAUGCCUUCGAGGUCUUUGACAUAGAGUCUCGGUCCUGGACCAAAUUCCCCAACAUUCCCUGUAAGCGUGCGUUCUCCAGCUUUGUGACCCUGGACAACCACCUGUACAGCCUGGGAGGCCUGCGACAAGGCCGUCUCUAUCGGCAGCCCAAGUUCCUCCGGACGAUGGAUGUGUUCGACAUGGAACAGGGUACCUUUUGGCCUGGUUGGCUGUUUUCACCACGGCCUUUCCUCCACCACCGCCGGUGUCUGUACAGGACCAGGAGGAUGGCUGAAGAUGGAACGCUCGUUCUUCCUCAAGAAGCGCCGGGCGGACUUCGUGGCUGGUGGUCUGAGUGGACGAGUCAUAGUGGCUGGGGGACUUGGAAACCAGCCCACUGUCCUGGAAACAGCAGAAGCAUUCCACCCGGAGAAGAACAAGUGGGAGACCCUCCCUGCCAUGCCCACACCCCGCUGUGCCUGCUCCAGCAUCGUCUUCAAGAACUGCCUUCUGGCUGUGGGGGGCGUCAGCCAGGGUCUGAGCGAUGCGGUGGAGGCACUGUACGUCUCUGACUCCUAGCUGGGCCCAGCGGUGCCCUUGCCUGGACAGCAUCGCUCCACUCUUGACGUGAGGAAUAGUCUCAUCAAAGCAGUUCGGACUACGUCCUCCGGUCUCCAACUCUUGUUAAGAGUCGGUGGGGCCAAGCCCUAGGGCUCUCAGUGACCUCCCUCUGCCCCCUAACCUACCAGUCUCAGAAAGCUGAAGAAAGCACAGCUGACUGCACCUACAAGUGAGAACUGGGCUGUGGCCUGGGGAGAAGCCUCACUCAGUGCUCAGACACAGAAAGGCACAGACAGGAAUGUUCCCUCCUCUCACCUACCUACGGGGGUGGGGGGCAGUUGCCACCCCAAAGGGGACCACUGUGGUCCUUCCCCAUCUCUGAGCUAGUUUGAGUGUCAGGUAAACUGAUGAAGAAAUGGGGCAUCCCAAGCCCCUUCAUUCUCUUUGGUUGACAUCAUCCCCCAUAUAGAAGUCAGCUGUGGUCCUGCCCCAGCUCUCACCUACUUAGCAGGAACUGGACUUGAAGCUAAGGCGGAUGUGUGGGAAGGUAGUCGGGAGCUCCCAUGUCGGGCCAGGCCAACAGCCUUGGCCAAAAGGACCCUUCCUCUCAGGUCCUUCCUGGGCAUGUGGUGAUGGAGCAUCACUAUCUUCUGUACUCUACCUUCUGCCACCCUCUCCCCACCCGAGGCCUGGCCGUUCUGGGCUCCGCGGCUCUCAGAGUGUCUCUGGGCGAAACCUUCUCAUCUACACUGUGGCUUCCAAAUCCACAAAGGGUGGAUUAAUUGCACUCUGGUUAAUAACAGCAGCACAAUGGUUGA